CACAAUAAACAAUACUACUCGCCGGCUGAACUGACGGAUCAAAUACAAAAAUGACACUAUCACAAGCCAUCAAAGUCGUCUUCCAAUAUAAAACAAUGAUAAAACCAUUCUGAAUUGAUGGAGCUUCCAUUUGAGUCGUCAAUGGCGGAUUUCCAAACCUUCAUAAUCCUCUUCCUCACAUGGCUAGUUUCCACCAUCACAAUACGCUUCAUCUUCGCCAAAAACAAACCAAAACCUCUCCCUCCAACCCCUAAAUUUGCCCUUCCCAUCAUCGGCCAUCUCCACCUCCUCGGCCCCUUGCCCCACAAAGCCUUCCACAAGCUCUCCUCCCGCCAUGGCCCUCUCCUCCACCUCCGCCUCGGCUCUGUCCCCUGCCUUGUUGUUUCCUCCCCCGAAACCGCCAAACAAGUCCUCAAAACCCACGAGUCCUCCUUCUCCAACCGGCCCCGUUUGGCCGCCGUCGACUACCUCACCUACGGCUCGGCCGACUUCUCCUUCGCCCCCUACGGGCCCUUUUGGAAGUUCAUGAAGAAGCUCUGCAUGUCGGAGCUCCUCGGCGGGGCGACGCUCGACCGCCUCCACCCUGUGAGGCGGGACGAGACGAGGCGGUUCCUGCGGUCGCUCGAGACAAGGGCGACCGAGGGAGAGGAAGUCGACGUGGGAAUGGAGUUGAUGAGGUUGAGCAACAAUGUGAUAUCUAGAAUGAUGUUUGGGAGGAGAAGUGGUGAGGGGGAAGAGGAGGCUGAGAAGGUAAGGAAAUUGGUUAAGGAUGUGGCUGAGCUUACAGGGACUUUUAAUGUUUCAGAUUAUGUUUGGUUUUGUAAGAAUUUGGACUUGCAAGGGCUUGGGAGGAGGCUGAGGGAAGUGAGGGAGAGAUUUGAUGAUAUGAUGGAGAGGAUGAUUAAGGAGCAUCAAGAGGAGAGAGAGAGCGAGAGAAAUGGAGAGGAUGGUGGGAAAGAGAAGGAUUUGCUUCAUAUUUUGCUUUCUAAGUUUGAAGAUGAGAAUUCAGAAGUGAAGUUGACAAGAGAGAACAUUAAAGCCUUUGUCAUGGACAUAUUUGCAGCUGGAACAGACACAUCUGCAAUCACCACAGAAUGGGCAUUGGCAGAGCUAAUAAACCAUCCAAACAUAAUGGAGAAAGCCAAACAAGAACUCCACUCAGUUGUGGGAAAAAACAGACUUGUGGAGGAAUCAGACAUUGCCAACCUUCCCUAUCUCCAAGCAAUACUAAAAGAGACACUAAGGCUUCACUCAAGCCCAUUGAUUGUGAGGGAGUCAUCAGAAAGCUGCACAAUAAAUGGGUAUGAGAUUCCACCAAAAACCCAGCUGUAUGUGAAUGUAUGGGCCAUCGGGAGGGACCCAAACCAUUGGGAGAACCCGCUCGAGUUCAAGCCAGAGAGGUUUGUGGACAAAGAACGGAGUGUGAGUUGCGAUCUGAGAGGACAGAAUUUUCAGCUGUUGCCAUUUGGGAGUGGGAGGAGGAGUUGCCCUGGAACUACUCUUGCAUUGCUGAUGGUUCAGACUACUUUGGGUUGUAUGAUUCAGUGCUUUGAUUGGAAGGCUAAUGGAGGAGAUGGGAAAGUUGAUAUGGAAGAAGGGCCUGGCCUUACACUUCCUAGGGCACAGCCUUUGGUUUGUGUCCCAAUGGCUUCUCUUAGUCCAUUUCCAACCCUUUGAUUAGAGCAUGUGUUGAAGGGAAGGUCAUGGGAUUAAAAACCCAAGUUCUAUAGAGUCAAUUGGGUAGCGUUUCUAUUUCUUAUUUUUUG